CACGUCUGUGUUAACAUGUAAUCACGUCAAACUCAUCUUAAACACAUAAAAUAACAAAAAAAAAUAUAUAAACACUGUGACAACAUCGAAAAAAAAGAGAGAAAACAAAAAAGAACAAGAUAAAUAGCCGUAUCAGUUCUCUGAGUAUGGAUGUCAAUUUUCAGAGAAUACAAUGUACAUACCAAAUAACAAUAAGGAGAAGAAGGUUUAGUCCAAUAAACAUCCCACAAGGUACACUGAAUGUUGAAACAAGUUAUAAAAACGUACGAAAUGUUACGUCGGAUGCAAACUUUAUCAUAUAAUAGUCGAUGGCAACGAAUGGUAACCACUUGGUCCCCACUGACUACCGCAUUCAACACUCGUCCGGAAAAGCGCAUAAAUUUUACAAAGAACGAAGUGGGUCUGUUUGGUAUACCGGAACUUACAUCUCAUGAAGGAUUCUAUGUGCUGAAAGAAAAAGCAAUCUUCAAAACCGAUGACCUAAUAGAGGAAGCAACUUCUCCUGCUCGUACCCGUAAAAUGGUCAUGAUCUUCGAUGAGCUUUCCGAUACCCUAUGCAAAGUAGCGGACUUGUCGGAGUUCGUUAGGUUAACUCAUCCAGCAGUAAAUUACUGUUCCGCUGCUGAGGACGCUUGCAUCACAAUAAGUGGGAUUGUAGAGAAAUUGAACACACAUAAAACUCUUUACAAUGCCUUGAAAACCGUCGUAGACGAUGGGGACACGUUUGAGACAACCGACGUCGAUAAGCACGUAGCCAAACUAUUCCUUUUUGAUUUUGAACAAAGCGGCAUACAUCUAGAGGAGGCAGCGCGUCAACGAGUGGUGUUUCUUAACGACUGCAUCCUUCAACAAGGGCAGCGUUUUAUGGCCGGAGCGGUGAAUCCUAGAAGAAUUGCAAGAAGUAUUCUUCCUGUCGCUAUUUUACCCUUUUUUCCAUCUGACGGCGACAACAUUCUCGUUUCCGGAUUGUAUGCCGACUCAGCAAACAAUAUAGCCCGCGAAUCAGCAUAUCGUCUAUUCCUUUAUCCAGAUGCGGAGCAGGAGCGUCUUUUAUCGGAAAUGCUGAAAUGUCGUCACGAACUUGCCACUGUUUGCGGAUUUCCAACAUACGCACACCGAGCAUUGAAAGCAAGCACUGUGGAAACGCCGGAGAUGGUAGAUAUGUUUUUAGAUGCUCUCAACGAACAGUUGCAACCUCGUGCCGCCAAAGAUUUUGCCAUUAUGCAGAAAAUGAAAACUUCAGAAUGUGGUUCUAAUGUUCCGUUGGCAGCUUGGGAUACCCCUUACUACACUUCAUGUCUCAAACGCAAAUACCUGCAGGCGAGUGCGUCCGAGUUUUCUCCGUACUUCAGUUUAGGAGCUUGCAUGGAAGGAUUAAAUCUUUUAAUGAACAGACUAUUCGGCAUCAAUCUAAAAAAUGUUGAAAUGGAGCCUGGCGAAACUUGGAGCUAUGAUAUUUAUAAAUUGGCUGUCGUACAUGAGACAGAAGGUUUGCUCGGUUUCAUUUACUGUGAUCUUUUUGAGCGACAAGGAAAACCUAACCAAGAUUGCCAUUUCACGAUACAGGGGGGCAAAGUGUUACCCGAUGGAAGUUUUCAAAAUCCGAUUGUUGUCGUCAUGCUAAAUCUUUCCCAACCUCGUUGGUCGGGACCAACGCUCUUGACUCCUUCAAUGGUGGACAAUCUUUUUCAUGAGAUGGGACACGCAAUGCACUCGAUGCUCGCUAGAACGGAAUAUCAACAUGUGACCGGUACACGAUGUAGCACGGAUUUUGCGGAGGUUCCUUCGGUGUUAAUGGAGUACUUUGCGAACGAUCCUCGAGUUAUACGAUCCUUCGCUAAACAUUUCCAAACCCAGGAACCUAUGCCUGAGGAAAUGUUGGAACGUCUCUGCACCUCUAAGCAUUUAUUUGCUUCGAGCGAAACACAGCUGCAAGUUUUCUAUUCUGCUUUGGAUCAGGUUUACCAUGGUGAUCAUAAUCUUCAUCGAGAAAACACGACUGCCACUUUACGGAUGGUACAAGAAAAAUAUUACGGUCUUCCUUACGUAGAAAACACAGCUUGGCAACUCCGUUUUUCACACUUGGUCGGAUACGGUGCCAAGUAUUAUUCGUACCUCAUUUCAAAGGCAAUUGCCUCUUGGAUAUGGCAAACUUAUUUCGAACAGGAUCCAUUCAGUCGAAACCAAGGUGAAAAAUAUCGUCGAGGUUGCCUUGCUUAUGGCGGUGGCAUUCCUAGUCGCCUAUUAGUAUCAAACUUUUUGGGACGAGAUAUUAAUCCAACAAAUUUAACAUCUAGCCUGAUUAACGAGAUAGAUAAUUGUGCUGAACGUUUAAAAUACAUGGACGAUCAUUUCCGGUAGCUCAAUUUAACUUAAAAGGGCAAUGUGAAAUUGUAGUUUUAAGGCGAGAUAUUGCAGUAAGACUAUGUUUGUAGGAAACAGUAAAAAGAGCUAAAAACGA